UUAGGGUUUUAGCCCAUGAAAUUUGCGGGAGAGGAAAAAUCGCCAUUUCAGGAACCAGGUGAGGUUUCUGAUUUCUCAAAUCCGUAAUUUGAAUUUUUGUAUCCGAUAAUACUCUUCAGAUUCGAUGAUCAGCAGUAGAACUGCUAAAGUUAUUUCCAGAAAUCUCCGUUUCACGCUUAGCAGGAGUUCUACUUCCGCGUCGCCAUUUCCUUCUUCCAGUCCAAUAUACCCUAGCUCUCGUGCAAAUGAAUCCAGUUGUCACUCCUCUAACAGCCGAUUCUCGACACGUUUAUACCCGAUUAGUUCUGUGCCCGAAAAUCCUAGUUUUGUCGGAUGUCAACAAACGCGGAACAUAGUGAGGAGUUACUGUAGUGGAAAGAGCAAUAAUGGUGAAUCCGGUGGCUGGACUGAGGAAAUUGAGUAUUUAGACGAAUCGGGUAGUGUUAUAUACAGUGGUAAAGGUAUAAGAUCAGUUGAACCUGGGCUCGACGACCAUGUAAUGGUUGGUGAGUUGAAGAAGCCUCUAAUGAAUGCUUCGGCUGUGGCGAAGAUUGUCGAGGUUGUGAAGAGGUGGAAAUGGGGGCCGGAGUUGGAGACCCAAUUGGACAAGCUCCAGUUCUCGCCGAAUAUGGUUCAUGUUACUCAGGCCUUGAAAACGAUAAAAGAUACAGAUGCGUCACUGAGUUUGUUCAGGUGGGCUAAGAAGCAGCCUUGGUAUUCACCUUCGAACGAGUGUUAUGUCGUGUUGUUCGAUGGGUUGAACCAGAGCAGAGAUUUCGAGGGGAUUCAGUCUUUGUUUGAGGAAAUGGUUCAGGAUUCGAGUAAUCAUGGGGAUGUGUCGUUUAGUGCUCAUAACCAAGUGAUUCAGUAUUUGGCUAAAGCUGAGAAAUUGGAGGUAUCGUUUUGUUGUUUCAAGAGGGUUCAAGAUUCUGCUGGUAAAAUCGACACACUGACAUACAACACUCUUAUGACGUUGUUCCUGAACAAGGGACUGCCAUACAAGGCAUUUGAGAUAUACGAGAGCAUGGAGAAAACGGAUUCCCUGUUGGAUGGGUCUACUUAUGAGUUGAUGAUUCCUAGCUUGGCCAAAUCUGGUCGUCUUGAUGCUGCUUUUAAGCUUUUCGAGCAGAUGAAGGGAAGGAAACUCCGACCAAGCUAUAGCAUAUUUUCUUCACUUGUAGAUUCAAUGGGUAAAGCUGGUAGAUUGGACACUUCAAUGAAGGUGUACAUGGAGAUGCAGGGCUAUGGCCACAGGCCAUCAGCCACUAUGUUUGUCUCUUUGAUUGAGUCAUAUGCUAAAGCCGGCAAGUUAGACACUGCUCUUAGGCUUUGGGAUGAAAUGAAAAAGUUGCGUUUCCGGCCUAACUUUGGAUUGUACACAAUGAUUAUUGAAUCUCAUGCAAAAUCAGGAAAGCUCGAAGUAGCAAUGUCGAUUUUCAAAGAUAUGGAAAAGGCUGGGUUCUUACCAACACCAUCUACCUAUUCGUGCCUCCUGGAAAUGCAUGCUGCAUCUGGGCAGAUAGAUUCUGCAAUGAAAAUCUAUAACUCUAUGACCAAUGCUGGGUUGAGACCGGGUCUGAGUACCUAUACCUCCCUCGUGACUCUCCUAGCCAAUAAGAAGCUUGUGGACAUUGCUGGAAAAAUACUACUUGAGAUGAAGGCGAUGGGUUAUUCUGUAGAUGUGACUGCAAGUGAUGUCUUGAUGAUUUAUAUCAAAGACGGCUCAGUGGAUCUCGCAUUGAAAUGGUUGAGAUUCAUGGGUUCAUCAGGGAUCAAAACGAACAAUUUCAUCAUCAGGCAGUUAUUCGAGUCAUGCAUGAAGAACGGAUUAUAUGAUUCAGCCAAGCCUUUGCUUGAGACGCUCGUGCACUCUGCUUCAAAAGUUGACUUAGUGCUCUACACUUCAAUUCUAGCCCAUCUCGUGCGAUGUCAGGACGAGGAUAAGGAAAGGCAAUUGAUGUCAAUCCUCAGCGCUACAAGGCACAAAGCUCACACCUUUAUGUGCGGGCUAUUCACCGGACCCGAACAGAGGAAACAACCAGUUCUAGCUUUUGUGAGAGACUUCUUCCAGGGAAUCGAUUAUGAACUAGAAGAAGGUGCUGCAAGAUACUACGUGAACGUCCUCCUGAACUACCUUGUCUUGAUGGGUCAGAUAAACCGAGCUCGCUGUGUCUGGAAAGUGGCUUACGAAAACAAACUCUUCCCGAAAGCCAUCGUCUUUGACCAACACAUUGCCUGGUCACUCGAUGUAAGAAACUUAUCGGUGGGAGCUGCCCUCGUAGCUGUGGUCCACACCCUCCACAGGUUCAGAAAGAGGAUGCUUUACUACGGGGUUGUCCCUAGACGUAUAAAGCUAGUGACAGGACCGACAUUGAAGAUCGUUAUAGCCCAGAUGCUGAGCUCGGUGGAGUCGCCAUUUGAGGUGAGCAAGGUGGUGUUGAGAGCACCUGGUGAAUCGGUCAUGGAGUGGUUCAAGAAACCGAUCGUACAGCAGUUUCUUCUGAACGAGAUCCCGUCACGUGCCGACAUACUGAUGCACAAGCUGAACGUCAUGUUCCCGAGCUCUGCUCCUGAGCUUCGAUCUUUGUCUCCUCCCAAACCACUUGUGUCUUCGAGGGGAUUUUAAGAAACAGAUACAAAGAAACUCAUUGGCUUUUUGUAUGAUGAUAUUAUAUAGUUUUGUCCCUAUUUGGUUUUGUACUCAGCAAUUAAUCUUUGAUUUAAUCUUUCAUCGUUGUGAA